CCGUCGUCCGUAUCGUACACGUUUCGUGCUCGUCGACGGUGUUUUGACCACCAGUCAGUCUCGCACAGUCGAAAUCCCCGGCGUGUUUCAAUCGCCCGGCUAUCCCCGCGCGCAAAUACGUGAAUCGUCGUGACGACGCAUCGUGUUCCAGUGCGAUACGCGGCGUCUUUCUCGCGGUUCGUUCCUACGUAACCGCCGUCAAGUUCAGUCGAUUACUCCCGAAGGACGUUUCUAUGGAUAUCCGACGCGUCCCGGAACAGUGACACGCGCGGUCGCUUUCAUGGUGCGCCCGGGCGACUUUUGUGUGACAUUCGUGUAACCUGACGGCGGGACGCUCGGACACUCGUUCGUAUGCGGAGUCGAGACGUUGAUGCUCCCAUGGAGCUGCAGGAUUGCUGAUUCCCGACGUCCAUUUUCCGGAGCCGGAGGUGAACGACAAAAAACGCGCCAGGAGAGCGAGGAUCGCGCGCGGCCAAGAUGGAGCGGCGGUGGUUCGUAUACACGGUGACGCUGCAGAUCCUCGCUGUCGUCGCUGGGGCCGUCGAGGAUUUUCGACACAUCUCCUACGAGGAUUUAGCGGACACCAGUAUGUUUCGACAAGAAGGAGUCACGACUUAUUCUCGGCUGCUUUUCGACGUGGCGCGACAGCAAGUUGUUGUAGGAGCGCGAGAUAAUUUGUACCGGCUGACGCUGACGUCGCUCACGAACCUGGAGCACGCUUCGUGGCCCGCGUCGGAGGACAAGGUCAACACCUGCCAGGAUAAGGGCCAGAGCGUCGAGGAUUGUCAUAAUUACGUCAAGGUGCUCGUCAGCAACGGCAAGAGUCUCUUCACCUGCGGCACUUACGCCUUCAGCCCGUGGUGCACGUGGCGAGAGAUCGAAAACAUAACGAAGGUGACCAGCGAGAUGCUCGGCGUGGCCAUGUGCCCGUACUCACCACACGCGAACGUCACCGCUCUCUUUUCGAGGGGUCCUUCCGGCGGACUCUUCGCCGGCACGUCCACCGACUUCUCCGGAGCGGAUAGAGCGAUUUACAGGACACUGGUGUCCCCGAAUCUGAGGACCCUGCAGUACGACUCCAAAUGGCUGAACGACCCGCAGUUCGUCGGCAGCUUCGAGACGGAGGAUUACGUGUACUUUCUAUUUCGCGAGACCGCCGUGGAAUACAUCAACUGCGGCAAGAGAAUAUACUCGAGGAUAGCGAGGGUCUGCAAGCAUGACCGCGGUGGACAGAUCAUGAUGAAGGAGGCAUGGACGACGUUCAGGAAGGCCCGUUUGAAUUGCUCGAUACCCGGCGAAUUCCCGUUCUAUUACGACGAGAUCCAAGGCGCGGUCUAUCAUCCGGAGGAGGGGGUCAUCUACGCGACCUUCACGACUCCCAUCAACAGCAUCGCAGGCUCGGCGAUCUGCGCGUUCAACAUGUCGGCGAUCGCCGCCAGUUUCAACGGGCCCUACAAGUAUCAGGAUGGCGCGGGUGCCGCCUGGGAAAGGAGACAGGUCGCGCAUCACAAUCGACAACACUGCGGCCCGUCGCCCAACACCGCGCCGCAUCAGAUCAUGGAGGAUCAACUGUACCAGCUGAUGGACGACGCGGUGCAGAGCACGCUGCCGGAGCCGUUGUAUACCGCGACCUUUGAGCGCUUCACCCACAUCGCGAUCGACGUGACACCGACCAAGCUGCAUCGCAGCGUAACCGUCCUCUACGUCGCCACGACCACCGGACUGAUCAAGAAGAUCUCCGUCUUAUCGAGGACACAAGAGACCUGCAUCAUCGAGGUCUGGGGACCCGUACCCUCGCCGCCGAUGACCUUGCAGUUCCUCAAGGAUACCCAAAGCCUCUACGUCGGCAUGGAGGUCGGCCUCUUACGCAUACCGGCCAUUCAAUGUUAUCGCCAUCGGAGCCGUCAGGCAUGCAUGAACGCCCAGGAGCCGUAUUGCGGGUGGAACGAACAUCUGAUGAAAUGCGCGCAGGCACCGAAGCAGAAUUACCUGGCGACUCAUUGGCAUCAGGACAGUACUAAGUGCCCAGUGCUCACCGAUCCCGUGGACGGAGGCUGGAGCGCAUGGAGCUCCUGGUCGCCUUGUCAACACGGCACGGGGGAACAAUCGUCCGGACACGGUCACGUUCAUUCACACUCGCACAACGAAAACGCGGAGAAUAUCGACACGUGCCAGUGCCAGACAAGGGAAUGCAACAAUCCUCCGCCGCAGCACGGCGGGGAGGGUUGCACGGGUGCUCGUGUCAGAGUAACAAAUUGCACCGUUCACGGCGGCUGGACCGCCUGGUCGGCCUGGUCGGCCUGCUCUCAGACCUGCGGCUUCGCGAUGAAGAGUCGCCGGCGCACCUGCACGAAUCCUGCGCCCGCGUUCGGCGGCCGCGUAUGCGUCGGCCACGAUCACGACGAUAUCGUGUGCAUCGAUCUGCCGCCCUGUCCUACCCCCGUCAAAGCUGUCUCGCCGCCUCAGAAUGGCCAGUGGUCGAGCUGGGGCUCCUGGGACGAGUGUUCGCAGCCGUGUGGCGGUAUACGUAUGAGAAAGAGGAUCUGCGACAACCCGCCGCCGAAGAAUGGCGGUCUCGAUUGUCCCGGGUGUGAUUUUCAGUUCGAAGAAUGCAACAUCGAUUGCGCCGAGACGAAGCGCUACUCCGGAUGGACCCCGUGGUUGGCCGUGAACGCCAGUUUACAAAGCGGCAGCGCCGGCUACGUGGAGAAACGCUUCCGGUUCAGCUGCCGCGCCCAGACGAACGAUCCGUCCAGCUUGCGGGUGCAACUCGCCAAGGAGGAAGAGCGUUACUGCAGGAACGACGGGUCCUGCAUGCGAGGGAACGCCAACGCGAACGUCUACGCGGAACCCACCAACGAGAACGGCUGGGGGGAAUGGUCCGCUUGGGGUACCUGCGAUCGCUCUUGCGGACGAGGCACUCAGCACCGGGUGAGGCAAUGUAAAUUGCUGCCUUGCGAGGGUACGUCGACGCAGAGCCGGGCUUGUAACGCCCAUCCGUGUCGGGCGAAUUCCGGCAACUCGGGCGAAGGUCAAUGGUCGUGCUGGACCGAAUGGUCCGAGUGUUCGGCGUCCUGCGGGCUCGGCGUGCGCAUGAGAACCAGGGAGUGCCUCGGUCGAGACAGUUGCGUCGGCCCCCGAUUGGUCAGAGAAGCCUGCGAGAUGCCCAGUUGUGAGUCUCUGCUCGGCUGGGACACGUGGUCGCAUUGGACACCCUGCGACGACGACCAUCAGCAGCACCGAAAACGUAUGUGUCUCCAACACGGCCCCGGCAUGUGUCAAGGGCCGAUUCGUGAGACGCGCGAUUGCCUCCCGGAUUGCACGGACAACGACGUGAACGCCUUGCCGUCGAGCGUGGAGAACUCGGGCGUCACGGUGGGCGCGGUGGUGGGCAGCUGUGUGAUCGGUUUCGUCAUCGGCCUGGCCUUGACGGCGGUGUUGUGCUUCUUCUACUUGAAGCGACGCAAGCCGCGCAUUCCCGGUAGUCCGCACUAUAUCAGCAAGCAGAACCCUUAUGUCACCGUGCCGCUGAAGGAGGUGAACGCAAAGCGACAGCCCAGCUUCUCGGGCAGCACCAACGGGAACGGGACCCUACGCGGCAAGAGCAACCCCAACGUGAACGGUCUCGGCAGCCCCAAGCUGUACCCGAAGAGUCUCGACUACGAGUCCGCCACGUUGAAACGCAACAGUCACGGCCAGCAGCACAUCCGCGCCGAUCUCGACCAGGACAAAUAUUACUGAACGGCCAGCGGGUUGCGUACAGCGAGUUGCGCACUAUCUUCGCCCGAAUGGUGACUCGCGGUUUCUGCUCCAUCGGAUCGUGUGAUCCAUAACGUUAAGCGAGUCGACUCCGGGACGCCAGCUCGCGUUUCGCAGCUGCCUGAUCGGGGAAUUAGCGCUCGGUCGAGAUGUCGAAGUGUACAGUUUCAAGAUGAACAGGACGAUUCGACAAGGAGGGAGAGGAGGUUGCGAGUAUCUACUUAAUUAAAGUAACGCGGGCAUCGAACGAGCGCCCAUGCGAGACUACGUUUUUAGUAUUAGAUAAGCGAUACACGCGCGUUCUUCGCCACAUGUGAGUAUUAACGAUAACGGCCGGCGGUGCAUCUGCGACGCACACGGUGUCGCAUCAACAUAGGUCGGUACGACGGGUUGCCUGCCGGCUGACGCCUGUAGGCAGGCUGAUCGUACACGGCCAUCUGCGCGAUCUGUCAGUCAGGCAACCCGUCGUACCGACCCGUCGAACACAACACCCCGAAGACUCCAUCAGUGCAAUCCCAUUCUGCCAUUCUCUCGAUGUAAUGACACCGAUAUUUUCUAACCAGGCGUGUUAUGGCCGAAUACUGGCGCAUCGUGAUUGCUGAUUAUUCGCUGACCGUUCGUUACAGACAGAUUAUUCGAUGAAUCGACGCCCUAAAGCAACGGUCAUGAUGCACAAAUGUUCCAUAAAUGAUGUCUCUGAUCGGACAUUUCGAUAUCAUUACGCACAGAGAACGUUAAUGGAGUCUUCCGUACGUUUCAGAUCGCGGAUGCGCCGAUGGUCGCUUUCUCUCAUUCAUCGUGUCUUCUUAACGUGCCGGGGAACACGCGAGUCGAGUGACGCGCUUCGCCGCUCGGCGUAUGACGCACCGAGCGGCGUGACGACGACUCGGCGUGCCGAGAGAGAGAGAGAGGAACCGUUGUUUCGUAGGAGUUUGUAAGAGUUUAUUUUUGUUUCUGUACAUACAUAUUCGUGAGGAAGAGGGAGGAAGGGAGGGAGGGAGGACAGGGCACGGAACGCGUUCGGAAUUGAGAAUCGCUCCCGCUCUCAUGUCCGGGCAUUCAAUUUUAUGCAUUUGUACAAAGUUCCAUGAUCCGUCAUUUGAAUAAAUUUCUACGCCGAGAUGUCAUUUCAUUCGUACGUUCGUAAGGAUCGUUCGUGUCUAGGAUACCGAGAGAAAGAGGGAAGGGAGGACAAAGGGAGCAACCGCGUGACCCGAGCUGCAAUCACGGUUCAGUUCGGCACUCGGUCCUGCCGAGGGAUCGAUCGAUUGAUAGUCAUUGUACAAAUACAAAACAUUGUAAGUGCAUACGUCCGUGAAAAAGAGAAAGGAAGCUCGUUUCUUUCGUUUUUUUUUUUUAUUCAUACCACGAAUAUCGAAUUUUUUAUUCGAGUAACGUAGUGCCAUGAUACGGAGUUGUACAUAAAAGCGCGUCUUCUUAAACGUACUUCUACGACGGAGCGGAGGAGCGUAUAUUAUAAAAAUAGAUGCGUAAGAAUGAACACACAGACGAAUAUAAUGCGCGACAAUUGCGUUUUUAUAUUGGCUCACAUUGAGUCGCGCCCGUGAAUCACGUUCGAUGCACGCGACCGCUGAAACACUUGCCGUAGCGGCGUAUUCCGGUGAGAACCGAUUUGCUCGAGACUCGUUUGAAACUCACCGGUGUUGUCUUCCAAGGUGAUCAAUCAGAGCAGCUUGAUCUGCCACGAGAUAUCUCGUAUAGUUCGCGUUACUCUGCGCCCAUUCGAGCCCAUGUGAUUCGCUCGUGUUAAAAAAAGAGAUAUAAAACGAUUUGCAAAAUACAACGACGCUUAAUGUUGUCGCGCCCGCAUAGAACGAGAUAUCGUUAUUAAGGUUGCGUGUACACGCGAAUUAUUAAUUAUUGUACCCGUUGCAUUUACCCAACGCACUCGUUUGCAAUAAAGGCAAUAUCUUUUUUUAA